AUGAUAUUUACUAUUAAGAAGAUCAAUGAAGAGCUUCAACUCUUACCUAAUAUUACCUUGGGCUUCAGAAUCUGUGAUAGGUAUGGUGGCUAUCAUGCCAAAAUGGAUUUUUUCUCCAGUCAGAACAGAUUCAUUCCCAAUUACAAGUGUGGUAACUUGAACAAACUUAUAUCGGUUGUUGGAAAUAUUGAUCCAGGAAUCUCUUUGGUAGAUAUUUUAGACACUUACAAAGUUCCACAGUUUUCAACAAGGUCUUCUCCUAAUGAAAGUCCUUUCUACUACCACAUGGUUCCAGGUGAACAACUUUAUUACAAGGGAAUUAUUCAACUACUUUUACACUUCAGGUGGACUUGGGUUGGAAUUCUUGUGAAAGGACUUGGUGGAAAAACUUUUGAGUACCUAAUAUUUUCAAUAUUUGCAGUCCAUAGAAUCUGUAUUGCUUUCUUGGAACAAUUCAAACCAGUAUAUUUCACAAAUUAUGUUGCUAGUUUGAAAUUGCUACUAAAAACAUUUCAUCUUCUUGUUAGCAGCAAAGCCAAAGCUGUCAUAAUCAAUGAUAAUGAUCUUGCAAAUUUACGAUGGUUGUUAUAUCUACCUGAAAUGGAAAUGGCUUCUAUCAAGCCUAAAGGUAAAGUGUGGAUCAUGGCUUCCCAAAUGGGUCUUGCAUCAUACUUUUAUCAGAAAAGCUGGGAUAUCCAAGUCCUUCAUGGUGCUCUAAGCUUUGCACCUUACUCAAAUGAAGUUGCAGGAUUCCAACAUUUUAUCCAGACAAGAAACCAUUUCUCAGCAAAAGAAGAUGGUUUCCUGAAGGAAGUAUGGGAGCAUGCAUUUGGUUGUGUGUUUCCAAAUCCACCUGUGAAUGAGGAAAUGGAAGAUGUCUGUACAGGGAAGGAGAAACUGGAGACUCUUCCUGGAACUUUUUUUGAAAUGAAAAUGACCAGUCAUAGUUACAGUAUAUACAAUGCUGUGUACACUGUGGCACAUGCUUUGCAUGCCAUGAAGUUGGACCAGCAAUACUGGCCAAAGUUGAGUGACAAAAAGUUUGGUCUUCAGGAUCUCCAGCCAUGGCAGCUUCACUUCUUUUUGAAAAGAGUUUCAUUUAACAAUAGCAUUGGGAAUGAAAUUUCCUUUGACCAGAAUGGCAAACUUAUUACAGGAUUAGAGAUUGAGAACUGGAUCACAUUCCACAACCAGUCUUUCCAUCGAGUGAAAGUUGGAAAGCUGGAUCCCUGGGCUGUUGAAGAUAAAAUGUUCACCAUUCAUGAGGAAGCCAUCACCUGGUCCAGCACUUUCAGCCAAACCAUACCUGAUUCGGUGUGUACUGAGAGUUGUCUCCCUGGUUAUUUCAAGAAAAAGCAGGAGGAGAAGCCAUUUUGUUGCUAUGAUUGCCUUCCAUGUCCUAAAGAGAAAAUGUCAAGCCAGAAGGACAUGGAUGACUGUUCCAAAUGCCCAGAAGGUCAAUAUCCAAAUAAGGAUCAAGAUUCAUGUCUUCCCAAAAGAUUAUCAUUCUUAUCCUAUGAGGAACCAAUGGGAAUAUGUCUACUGAUUCUGGCACUUUUCUUUUCUGCUUGCACAGUUGUGGUUCUGGCAACAUUUUUGAAAUAUCACCAUACUCCCAUUGUCAAGGCCAAUAACAGAAAUCUCACCUAUCUUCUACUUAUUUCCCUUUUCCUCUGUUUCCUUUGCUCACUGCAGUUCCUCAUUGCACCUGGAAAUAUAAUAUGUCUCCUCCGACAAAUUAGCUUUGGCAUCAUCUUCUCAGUGGCUGUGUCUUCUGUGCUGGCAAAAACCAUCACUGUGGUUCUGGCUUUCAUGGCUACCAAGCCAGGGUCCCGGAUGAGGAACUGGGUGGGAAGACGACUAGCCAUUUCCAUUGUUUUUUCUAGUUCUCUGAUUCAAGUAGGCAUCUGUACAGUGUGGCUGUUCACAUUUCCUCCUUUCCCUGACAUUGACACCCAUUCAGAAAUUGAGGAAAUCAUACUUCAGUGUAAUGAAGGCUCAGCUACCAUGUUCUAUUGUGUCCUGGGCUAUAUGGGCUUUCUGGCAGCUGCUAGUUUCACAGUAGCUUUUUUCUCCAGGAAUCUUCCCAGCAGUUUCAAUGAAGCCAAAUGCCUCACUUUCAGCAUGCUGAUCUUCUGCAGUGUCUGGAUCUCCUUUGUUCCUUCCUACCUGAGCACAAAAGGCAAAUAUAUGGUGGCUGUGGAGGUUUUUUCCAUUUUGGCUUCUAGUGCUGGAUUGCUGGCCUGCAUUUAUUUCCCCAAAUGCUGUAUAAUCAUUAUUAAGCCAGAACUAAACAACAGGGAACAGUUAAUAAAGAAAAAAUAA